GCCCCUCGCCGGCCGUCCCGGGGCUGCUGCCAUGGAGCUGCCGGCCGUCAGCCUCAAGGCUAUCAUUCUGGUACAUUGGCUGCUCACAGUGUGGGGAUGCAUGAAUUACAUGUUGCCACUCUCCUAUGCCUGGGGAAAUUUCAGUGUCCUUGCAGUGGGGAUCUGGGCCAUUGUGCAGCGAGAUUCCCUUGAUGCCAUAAGCAUGUUCUUGACUGGCCUGCUGCUCACAGUCCUCACAGACAUCAUUCACAUCUCUAUCUUCUACCCUUCCCACGACUUCCUCAGUGACGCGAAGCGGUUCAGUAUAGGCAUGGCCAUCUUCAGUCUCCUCCUCAAGCCUGUGUCCUGCUCUUUGGUGUAUCGGAUGUAUCGGGAGCGUGGAGGGGAGUACACCUUCAACAUAGGUGUCACCAGUGCAGGCCAGGACCAGAGCAGCUACGAGCCCAUUGAUCAGCCAGACUCGCCUCCACAGUGGCCUUCCUCAAGCAAGGCAGCCCAGCCACCAUACUGAGGCACCCUGCAGCCCAGGACAGACACUGCCCUUGCCCAGCCAAGCCUCCCACUCUUCCCAUUGAAGAUUUUCCCCUGCUACUGGGAAAAUAAGAGAAGAUCUGAUAUUUCUUUUGCCUGCCUAAAGGUUAGGCAGAUGGGUUCUGCAGUAAGUCCAGAAGAUCUUGGAGGUGUCAUGUUAAGCACUGUGUAAUCCCAGUACUCUCCUUUCUUCCCUCCCCCUAAAUCCCUCCUCUGUACAUGUGACUGGAUGCACCUUCUGCAGUCUUCCAGCCUUCCAUUGUGCUUCCUGUUCUUUAUAAGAGAACCACUCAGAGUACUCCUGGACUAGCAAUGUUUAAAAGGCUUAUGGACUGCCCUAAAGCAAUACAGUGUAGCCUGAUUUUAUGGAGAUAUAUUUCCAGGAAACAUCUGGGAGUUCCAAAGAGCUGUUUUUGAUGGCAUUAUUUAACUUCUUGUGCUCCCAGUAUCUGGUAUUGCGUUUUAUUAACUGAUGCUUUUACACAAGUUGAAUGUCCUUCAGGAUACUUAAAGUGACUGUUGAAUGUAGAUUACAGAUCCUUUGUGCCUUGAAAUAUCCUUCUGCCUUCAGCUGCUUGUUUUAAUAGAACUUGAAAUGUUACAUUUUUCUAAGAAAACUAUAAAAUGAACACAGUUUUUCUGUGUUAGAAAAA